AUGUACCUGUCGACGCGGGAUCGCGUCAAGCCAUGUCGGGUAAUCGCCCUCACAAGAAGGCCAAUCCCCAGACCAGCUUCGCCGCCGGGGAUCAGCAUCAGCAUGCAGCGACGGCUAGGCUUGUCCCCGAGAACGACACCAGACCCCCAUGCUGCUAAUCGAACCGCACGGGUCGGAGAGGACAAGAUCAAGCACCGCAGUGUCGGCAUGACAUGCGAUCGCAAACACGAGCGACAGACCGGCGCCGGGAAUCACAACACAGCGGCGGCCAUCAAGGACAUCGCUGAGGGUGUCACCCGACCUUAA